AUGAAGGCACCAUCACUACUGGUUCAGUGUUUCCCUGGCUUGCUUCCCAGCAAGGCCACUAGUUGUGUGCCAAUUAUAUCUGAGAAGGAUCUGCAGCUACCAUCACCAGCUGUUGAAAUAAUCCCCUCAAAGAGUGCUCAUCCAUACAAAUAUGCUGGAGAGAAGGUUGAUGUGCAAGGUCUUGAUAUUUUCAAGGGUAAAGUCAGUGUAGCAGAUAUGAUAGCCUUCUCACCUUCUGAAGUAGCAUCAUCAAAAUAUGAUGGAACUCUGAAAUACUGGGAGAGUUCCAUUACUCUUGUCAACAUUCUUAAAAAUGAGAUCCGUGAUGGGCAGUUGAGCUUCAGGGGCAAGCGGGUUCUAGAGCUUGGAUGUGGAUCUGGCCUCUCCGGGAUUUUUGCCUGCUUGAAGGGUGCAUCCACAGUUCACUUUCAGGACAUAAAUGCAGAAACCAUACGGUGCAGAACAAUACCCAAUGUUCUUGCAAAUCUUGAGCAGGCUCGGGACAGACAGAACAGACCAUCAGAGAGCCCUGUUACACCAUCUAGGCAGCUCUUGGCUCCAAAUGUACAUUUCUAUGCAGGAGAGUGGGAUGAACUCCCAACAAUUCUCUCAGUUGUGCAGCCACCCGCACCACCAACAAACCUCAGCUUCUCUGAGGAUGAUUUUAUGGAUGGCUGCAGUAGUCAUGAUGGAAGCAGUAUAGUUGGUCAUGACUACUGCCCCAGAAGAUCUAGGAAGCUUUCUGGUAGCCGUGCAUGGGAGAGGGCUAAUGAGACCGGCCAAACAGAUGGCGGCUACGAUGUAAUUUUGAUUUCUGAUGUCCCCUACGCAGUUAACUCUCUGAAGAAGCUCUAUGCUCUUAUUUCAAAGUGCCUGCGUCCUCCCUAUGGAGUCCUGUACGUGGCUUCCAAGAAGAACUUGGUUGGUUCCAAUGGUGGCGCCAGGCAGCUUCGAGCUCUGAUGGAAGAGGAAGGUGUCCUUGGUGGCCACUUCUUGACUGAGGUGUGUGACAGGGAGAUAUGGAAGUUCUUUUUCAAGUGA